UUCCUUGGUUGUAAAUUGAGUAGAACUAGAAGUUUUGGCUCUGUUGGAUUUAACACUUUACGGCUACAGCGAACCUUCCCCACUCUGUCCCGCACAUACAUUUAAACGUGUUCUGUUCUUGUUCCCAUCCUUAGCCCAUUUCUUAUAUCUUAAUUCUUCCUCUUCCUCUUACCUUUUAAGUUCCUUAUUCUCUCUCUCUCUCUGGCACUUCAUUAGUUGUUGAUUCAACAACCAACCAACCAAAUCCAAUAGAGUAGUCAGCAUUAGUAAGCUUAAUUAGCUACACAGGCAGAGAGUGGUACGUGUUGGUGAUUCCAGAUUUCUAACAGUACGUACUGUGCUGUGUCUCUAUCUGCCUUUGAGUAUGGAGCUGAACAAUAUUGGAAGCGGCGUUGUGGUGUUGUUAUGCUUUAUCACAUUCACCAGUACUCUUGCUGAAGAUCCCUACAGGUUCUUCAGCUGGAAUGUAACAUACGGUGACAUUUAUCCACUUGGUGUUCGCCAGCAGGGAAUACUUAUCAAUGGACAAUUCCCAGGUCCAGAUAUUCAUUCAGUUACCAAUGACAACCUCAUCAUCAAUGUCUUCAAUAGCUUAGACGAGCCCUUUCUCCUCUCCUGGAAUGGGGUCCAGCAGAGAAGGAACUCGUACGAAGAUGGGGUAUUCGGAACAACAUGCCCAAUCCCUCCGGGUAGGAACUUCACAUACAUACUUCAAGUGAAGGAUCAAAUUGGGAGCUUCUACUACUUCCCAUCCCUUGCAUUCCACAAAGCAGCUGGUGGUUUUGGAGGCAUUAGGAUCCUCAGCAGACCAAGAAUUCCAGUUCCAUUCGAUGAUCCCGCUGGUGAUUACACUGUCCUUAUUGGAGACUGGUACAAGUCCAACCACACGGAUCUGAAGGCCCAACUUGAUAGCGGCAAGAAGCUGCCAUUCCCUGAUGGAGUCCUCAUCAAUGGCCGUGGGUCUGGUGGAGCAUCUUUAAAUGUGGAACAAGGAAAGACUUACAGGCUGAGAAUAUCGAAUGUGGGGUUGGAACAUUCACUUAACUUCCGGAUACAAAACCACAAAAUGAAGCUGGUAGAAGUGGAAGGAACACACACCCUUCAGACUACCUAUUCCUCCCUUGACGUUCACGUUGGGCAAUCUUACUCGGUUCUAGUAACAGCUGAUCAACCAGCUCAAGACUAUUACAUUGUGGUUUCCACACGAUUCACCUCACCGGUGCUCACAUCCACUGGAGUCCUUCGAUAUAGUAACUCUGCAGGCCAAGUUUCAGGUCCACCCCCUGGUGGACCUACCAUCCAAGUUGACUGGUCCUUGAACCAAGCCCGCUCCAUCAGGACUAACCUCACAGCAAGCGGACCGCGGCCAAACCCACAAGGAUCCUACCAUUAUGGUAUGAUAAACACGACGAGAACCAUCAUACUCUCGAGUUCAGCUGGGCAAGUGAACGGCAAGCAAAGAUACGCGAUGAACAGUGUCUCUUAUGUUUCCCCAGACACUCCUCUUAAGCUCGCUGACUACUUCAAAAUCGAUGGCGUUUUCCGUGUCGGAAGCAUUUCCGACAGACCCACUGGCGGUGGCAUAUAUCUUGACACCUCUGUCCUGCAAACUGACUACAGAACAUUUGUGGAGAUUGUUUUCCAAAAUGACGAAGACAUCCUUCAGAGCUAUCAUCUUGAUGGCUACUCUUUCUUUGUGGUUGGUCUGGAUGGAGGACAGUGGACACCUGAUAGCAGAAACCAGUACAAUCUUCGAGAUGCAGUUUCGCGUUCCACCACUCAGGUAUAUCCCAAGUCAUGGACUGCUAUAUAUAUUGCGCUUGACAAUGUGGGCAUGUGGAACUUGAGGUCUGAAUUCUGGGCACGUCAAUACCUUGGCCAACAGUUUUAUAUGCGUGUUUAUACAACAUCAACCUCAAUCAGAGAUGAAUAUCCUAUUCCAAAGAAUGCACUACUUUGUGGCAGGGCAAGUGGGAGACACACAAGACCCCUUUGAGCUACCAAGCUUGCCUGCUGUAAAGAUCCCACGCUUCGAAUAUGAAUUGAAAAGCAGUUAACUUAUCUGCUUCAGAUUUUGAAUUUAUUGUUUGGUAUUUUAAGCUAUGGUGGUAUGGUAUGAUGGAAAUGUAUGAUUCAACUAUAAAUGACCCCAGCUCGAGGUCACAUUCUUUCCCAGUUAAAUUAAAAGAGAAACAAUAUUGUUCUAUUCCCAUUGUAAUUUCCCCAAUUUUACUAUUAUUUAUUACUGAUAAGGUGAUGAGAAAGUUGGCAUUUGGCA